CGCGCCGACGUGCACUACAGCCUGCGUACGAACACGAUGACCGCGCUCCUCGAGCUGCCGGGGCUCGCGCGCGAGGACGUGCAGAUCGGCCUCGCGCCGUGCCGCUUCACGCGCGCGCCGCAGCUCACGAUCUCCGGCCGCGCGCGCGCGCCGUUCCCGCCCGGCGCCGCGGACGAGCGCGACGGCCGCGCGCACACGACGCGCGAGCGCAAGUACGGCCCGUUCGUGCGCCGGCUGCACGUCCCCCCCGGGACGCAGGCGCGCGACGUGGGCGCGGAGAUGCGCGACGGCGUGCUUAUAGUGACGGUCCAGCUCGGUACACCGAUGGCG